UUGGAAGGCGGUGUCGGGCGGACGACUUCUGUUAGUUUGCGCUGUGUUUAUUGUUAAGGUUGUGUGGAUUAGCACUGCAGGACCCAGUUUCCUGUACUAAUAUUUACAUUAUCACCCGAGGAUGCGUUAAAAGGGCGCGACUUGUUCCAGCAUCACUACUUGGUAUGGCAUCUGUGGUUUCCAGGGGCUAACAAGAAUGGAAUCUCUUAGUAAAAUGAAUGAAAAAAAGGUGAAGCUCAAACCAUGAUGCUGCACCAGACCUGAGCCCCACUUGCUUCCAAGGAACUCUCUCAUCUGAUGGCUAACUCUGUGGCCUUGGUGGUCCAUGCAGAACUCCUUCCACCUCAGUCCAGCCCUUCCCUCUCCUCUUUCCCUUCCCUUCUUGGCUCAGGAGAGGAUGGGGAGGACGACAGGGAAAGAGCAGAGCUGGUGGAGGAGGAAAAGGAGGUAGUAGAAGGAGGACAGGAGGUGGUUCUGGACAUCGUAACGUCGGCUCAGCAGUCAGAGCAGUCGGAUCAUCCUUUCCAGUGUCAGGACUGUGGAAAAAGCUUCAGGUGGUCAUCUCGACUGACCCACCACCAGCGCAGCCACAACAACGAGCGACCCUACCGCUGCAACCUCUGCCCCAAGGCCUUCAAGGGCUCCUCUGCUCUGCUUUACCACCAGCGGUCUCACUCAGGAGAGAAGCCUUAUAAAUGCCAGGACUGCGGCAAAGCCUUCAAACGCUCGUCUCUUCUCCAGGUCCAUCAGAGUGUUCACACUGGAGUCCGUACCUUCGUGUGCCCGUACUGCCCCCUGACCUUCAAAUGGAGUUCUCACUACCAGUACCACCUGCGCCAGCACACUGGAGAGUGCCCAUACCCGUGCGAUACUUGCUCCAAAGCUUUCAAGAACUCAAGCAGCCUGCGGCGACACAAAAACGUACAUCUCGGCCUCAAGCCGUACACGUGCCAAGUGUGUAACAAGUCCUUCACCCAGUCUACGAACCUGAGGCAGCACAUGAGGAUACACACGGGCGAGAGGCCGUAUGUCUGCGGCGAGUGUGGGCGGAGCUUCACUCAUUCGUCGAACCUGGCGCUGCACAAGAACUCCCAUUCCAACCUCAACACUGGAGCCAAGGAGAGCAAGAGGGGAGAGGAGGCACGGAAGGGGAGAGGGAUAGUGCAGGUGGUGGUUGGGACAGAGGACGUGACAUCAUCCAUGCUUACAGACAUGGUCGGGUUUGUGAGCCAAGAAGGAACUGAUGGCGUCGGUGUGGGGAUGGAAGAAGUGUUUUUGUCAACCAUGUCCUCCGGUCAGAACUCAGGCCCUUUCCCCCAGCUCACACUCACUCCUUCUGGGGAGGACGUGUGCACAUCCCGGGCCAUCGGGACAGAGGUGCACCUGAGCACCAACACCGGGGCCAGUGUGCUGCUGUACAGCUGUGGCAGCUGCAGCCAUACGUUUGGCACACGGACAGAGUUAGAGGAGCACCAGGUCAUCCACAUGGCUCCUGUGGCGCAUGGGGCUGGUGGAGAGGCAGGACAUGUUGGCGAUGGGCUUGUGGGAGCUGGACACCUGCUGGCUGACUUUGAGGAGGUGGUGGAGACUACGUCAGUCGCAGAAGUUGGACACACGGCAGAGGUGCUCCUUGGUUUAACAGAAGGAACAGAUGGCUGCGGCACUACUGUGGGCACCACCCAGGCCAAGUUUGACCUGCUGCAGAGUUUCACCGAGGUGACUCAGAGCUCGGAGGCCGUUCCGCCAGAGCCCAGAACCGCAUGGGCAGGGCUGUCCUGUGGCUAUUGCAACAAGGCCUUCAAGACCAGUGGAGGCCUCAACAGGCAUGUGUCGCUGAUGCAUUCUCUUUCAUCGCAGUCUCGCUCCCAGUUCAGCUGCUCCGCCUGCGAUCGCUCGUUUCCUCUUCUUUCGUCGCUCCUCACCCAUCAGCAUUCCCACACCCCGGAGCAGCGCCUCCUGGCCGAGGCGGAGGCCGAGAUCGUGUGUCCUCCGUCCCUUUCCCUGUCCCUCCCCCUGCCCUCCUCUCCCGGCCAGGCCGACAAGCAGCAGGAGAACCAGAGGGAGAUCCAUGUCGACAUCAUUGCAGUCGGCGAGGAGCAGGAGGAGCACCCGCCCAAACCUACCAAAGCCCAAAAGAAGGCAGGAGCUAGCAAGAGCACUCCUGCUGGAGAGAGGCCGUAUCGCUGUUCUGAAUGCGGAAAAGCCUUCAAAGGUUCCUCUGGGCUGAAGUACCACAUGAGGGACCACACGGGUGAGAGACCUUACCGCUGCACCGAGUGUGGAAAACGCUUCAAGAGAUCCUCGCUGCUCUCCAUCCAUCAGCGGGUGCAUACAGGAGUCCGGGCGUUCCAGUGUCCCCACUGCCCUCUCACAUUCAAAUGGAGCUCUCACUACCAGUACCACUUAAGGCAACACACGGGUGAGAGGCCAUAUGUGUGUAAAGAGUGUGGCAAGUCCUUCAAGAACACCAGCUGCCUGCGGAGACACAGUCAGAUGCAUUCAGGACUGAGGCCUUACACCUGCUCCAUCUGCUCCAAGUCUUUCUCCCAGACAUCAAAUCUGAAGCAGCAUGAACGCACUCAUUCUGGCGAGCGGCCCUUCCAGUGCACACACUGCAGUAAAAGCUUUACGCACUCCUCCAACCUGCAGCUCCACCUUCGCACGCAUUCGUCUCGCAAGGACUUCAAAUGCCCGCACUGCUCCAAGGAGUUUGUCAUGCACUCGUAUUUGCAGAGACACAUCCGUACCCACAGCAACACCGCUUCCGUUUCCACGCCUGGCGGUGGAGGUAAAGACGGCGUGGCGGUGAAAGCUAGUGUGGGAGGAGUCACAGCCACCACAACCCUGCUCAAUCCCAUCACGCUGGAAACCUCGGGGAACAGCGGCAGUCUGAUUGUGUCCCAGCCGGCUCUUAAUAUCCCCCCCAACACCUCCCAGAACUACUUUAUGAUUCAGACAACCAACGGCCUGCAGCUUAUUCCUCUGUCGUCCCCUACACCCACUCCUCCACCACCACCGCCUCCUCCUCCGUCGCAGUCACAGAACUUUAUCCUCCUUCAGUGUCCCUCCAAUAACAGCGGCCCGUCUAGAUUGAUUCUCCUCCCCACAGCGAACAAUCCUCCACCAGAUCCACAGCCUCUUCCUGUUCUUCAGACCAUUCAAGCAUUCCAGCCUGUCCUCAACCACACACAGACUCCGAUACACCAGUUUUCUGCCGUCUCUCAGCAACAGCAACCCACCAAGAUCAUAGUUAGCAACGCCGCGCACACUCCGGUGUCCACGCCGACUCACAGCAUCCCACCGGGAUCCCUGUUGACCAGGCCCAUCUUAGGGAGGAGCAUCCGGACGGCGCGGGGCAGACGGGGCCGCAAACCCAAGGCUGCUCUUCAGAAAUCCUCACCGGCUCCCGUCAGUCAGACUGAAGGUGGAGCUGUUCCAGGAACAAAGUGUAAUGUUGGGGAUCAGAAUGCUGCUAACGCCGACAACGUUUCAUCACCAGCAUCCCAGUCCACCGACUCCCACCUUCCCCUGUCGACAUCUGAACUCGGUGGAGAGAGAAAAGCACUCGUGCUUCAGACUGAGACCGACGGGCAAGAGAAUAAUGAAAAGGGUGAAGAUUUGCAAAGGAUGGUGUCUCUUCUGCAUGAAUGGGAUAGGGAAAAACAGGGUGGAGGUCACGGGGAUCAGGGGAAGUCAUAUGUUCUCCGUUUCCACGCUGGGCCACAGGAUGGUGCUUCAUCCACUUCUUCCUUCAGCCAGGAGCAAGACGGCAGCGUGGAGCUUUCCUGCACGCCUGCCCAUGCUUUUGUACCCCUUGACGGGCAGCAGGUGGUGUUUAAUUUGGAUGAUGGAACCAAGAUGGAGCAAGAGGAUGAGGGGGGUAUGCAGAUGAUAGCUCUGAUUGAACGAGGGGGAGAAAUGAUGGGGGAAGAGGGGGCGAGGUGCAGUGCUGCCAUCGACGAGGAAGACGGUGAAAUGGAAAGUAUAUUUCAGCUGGAAAAUGGAGAUGAGAUCGUAAUCAUUGAGGUCAGCACCAGCAGCCUCAGAGAAGGAGGGACGGAGAGAGGAGUGGAGGGGCAGAUGUCACCAGGAAGCGAUGAGAAAUAUGAAAGUGGAACAGCAGAUGUGAAGGAGAACUCUGUGAAAGAACACGGCUCUCCGGACAGCACAGAGGUGCAGUUGUCAGCCGAAGCCACAAUAAAAAGCAGCUCUAUAUCUAACUCUGAGGUGGAGAUGUUCUCCUAGGUGAGAACAGGGUUUGUGAUGACGUGGACGCCUCACUUUGUGGGCCAUUUGGUAGCACUUUAGUCAUUUAUUUUCACCGGGAACUGAGAGCAAUCAUGCAGUUUGAUGAGCAUUGUGUUGUAAUGCAACGGUGCCACAACUAGAAAUGUUAUACAUUCAAAAAGGCUGAGCAAGGACCUCUGAUUACUCCUAAAUAUAAUAAUUAACUUAUACUGUCACUGGCAGUUUGUUCAAGUACAUAUGAUUUUGUGAAUAAAUGUUGUACAUGCCCAACUUUUCACAGUGUUAAUAGCAAAUAGUACGGCUUAUUAAUAAAUCUGAUACAAUA